UAUAGUCUACUUAAAAGAAUAUAGUGAUAGAGGAGAUGGAUGCCAAAGUUCAGUUUGCUCAUGCACAUCAAUAUUUUCCAGUCAAAAAUGUGAUGAUAUCGCUGCACCAAUAAAAAACUGGAAUAAUUGGCAAGAAAAACGAAAAAAAAUGUACAACCAUCUUUCAAUGGCCAUUAGUAGAUCUGCUGGUAGUUUAGUUAUGAAUUUGGGUGACUACAUGUACUACAUUAAUGAGGAGAAACGUAUGUUGGAAAACAUGAAAAUUCCUGUUAAAUUUGACAAGUACAGAGGAAAUCCGGCAUUUUGGAAAACUCCAGUUGCGUUGCAUGACCCUUGUUAUAAAAAAGAUCCCAGAUAUUUGGCAUAUAUGACCAAAGUUGAACGAAAUAUAAGGCCUGAUAUGGAAUAUAGUGGUGUUCCAACAGUUGUAAGGGAAGAACAAGGAUUAAUGCAGUCUACAAGAAACAUGUUUACUAAAUGGAAACAGGGUAAAUAUCGUAUUGCACAAAUGAAAAAAUUACGCAAACAAUUAAGUGUUAUACAACCACAUAUGCCAAACUGUUGUGAGUUGGCUUUGUCUGGACAUAAAGUGGUUGUUGUAAAUGAUGAAGUACAAAUUAGGGUAAAAGAACUAUCUGAGGUUGCCGAAACUUUUACGAAAAAUCCGUCUCAUUCUAAAACCUUAGAUAGUCCUACAAUAAGUGUUCAGUCCUGCAUAAUUAACAAUAUUCGAAUUAAUAAAUACUUAAGGGAAACCAAGAAAACUUUUAUUAUAUUUGAAUAUGUGCAUCCUGACAAAGAACCAUUUAGAUCUAAUAUCACCUUUGUGAACACAGGAACUAUUACAUUAAGAUUUAACUUCGCCAAAUCUGAAAAACCAAAGAAAUAUCAGAAGUGGUAUAAAAAGUCAACUAUACCUAGUCCAUUUUAUUUUGAUAAAGAGGAAUUAUUAGUGACACCCGGAGAAACUGUAAUUUUACCGAUUUGGUUUACAUCCCCCCACCUUGGAAGAUUUGCGGAAACGUGGAAUAUUAAUUCAUUACCAAAAUUUAAUGUCGAUGUUAUAAUGUGUAUCCGAAUGUUGGGUAUUGUUACUUCCGCAAAAAUUACUGAUAAGAUAAUGGAAAUUAAAACAAAAAUUUCUUCAAAGGCUAAACGUAAAAUGAUUCAAGAUACUCUCAAUGAAAUCUUCGACUCCCUAAAGUAUAAAUCAACACCGGUGACAACAAAUAUUGUGUUCUGUGAGCCUGAAUUGUUCGAGGCUAUAAAUCAGGACAACGACAUAUUUAAAAUAAAUUCUACAUUUACAUAUGAUAGAGAUACAAUUGGAACUUUAAAAAAAUUUUACAAGGAAGUCAGACAAGAUAAACAUCCCUUGGAAUGGAAUUUUUCCAUAAAACAAAUUAAAAGAAUUACUCGAGAAAGAGAUUUGAUAGAUUAUGCAGAAGGACUGUAUCAGAAAAUGUUGAUAUCAAAUGAAUCCCGUAAAUUACAGCAACAAGCCUUACAACUAGAAGAAGAUAAAAGGAAGGAGGAAGAGUUGAAUUGGAUGCCACAGGGUGGGGCUAAAAAGGGUAAAGGUAAGGAGAAAGGAAAAGGUAAGGCAGAUAAAAAGAAAAAGGAUAAAACUAGCAAAAAGAGUAGCAAAAGCAGCAAAAGUUCUAAAAAGGAUUCUAAAAAGAGGAAAGGAAAAAAAGGUGGAAAUGAAAUCCAGGAACCUAUAGAAGAACUUUUGGAACUGUAUCCAACCCGUUACAGGCAAUUAGAAGCUAUCUUGCAAAAACUCCGGAGACCUGUUACUAUAAAAAACGAGAAUAGGGAGAAAUAUUUGUAUGUUUUUGCUACAUUACGGGCCUGCUUUACCAAUAUGUCCAUGGAAUUAUCAGCCUUAGAUGACGAAUAUUGCACAUAUUUGUAUAAAUCAAUAAAAUAUGUAAAUUUUAGCACGGAUUGGUGCAGAAAUAUUCCGGAACGUAGGAUCUAUGAAAGAUUUGAUGAUGUUUAUAUAGAAAGAUCAAAAAGAGUAUUUCCCGCAAGUUCGGCUGUUUUGCCAAAGACUGAAUUAUUGACGGGCAUAAAUCUAGAAAAUUCAGAAUUGGUAUAUAAAGUUUAUUUUGGAGGUGACAUAGAGUCUGGCCAAAAGGAGGGCAAAGGGAAGAAAGAGAAAGGAAAAAAGAAAGCUAAAAAAGGCAAGAAAGAUACUAAAGAAUCGUCAAAAAAAUUACAAUCUUCCAGUACCAGCAGACUUAUCAAGAAACCUGAAGGAAAAAGUUUUGAUCCAUUUGGCGAAAAUUUCGUUUUGACCAAAUGUGUUGAAGAUAAUGUUGCUGAUUCCGUACAAGACGAAAUUAUUAAAGUAGUAAAACAGCAAUAUCAAGAAGAAUGGAUGUCCAAAGAAUGGUAUGAAUCCUACAGAAGAGGAUUGUAUUACACCAUUUAUUUAAAUUUAUGUCAAGCAGUGGAUGCCGUUGUUGACACACUUGAAUCUUAUAGAAUCGACUCCGCUGAAAGUCGGUUUAUAAGAGACAUAGUGGCUUCACAGCCAGCUGAUGAUAAAUGUAUUUUUCACCCAAAACCACAAGUUCCUCAAGAUGAAGUCGAGACGCCUACAGACGAAACCACAAUCAAUACACAGGAGGAAAUGGACGCAUUCAUUAAUGAAAUAUUAGAAAAACAUUGGAAACGGAAUACACAAACCAAACAAUAUUUAAUUCGGGGGUUAUUGAGCACUGGUAAGAUGGAAACAGCAAAAAGUGUAUUCACUUUUAUACAAAAGAAGGAGGUGGAAAUAUCUGAAUCGGAGACAUUAAAAGGGAUGCAGGACAAAUCUACUGACGUCAAAGAUUUUGACGUAGAGUUUUAUCCCAAAGAAUAUGAACUUCUGCAGCCCCUAAAAACUAAAUAUGCAUCUAGUUCUUCUUCGUCGACUCUUACAAAAAGUGGCGACUUGUUCUAUUACUUGGAUGAAGAUGAAAUUAGCGUCUCUCAUGAGUUCAGUGAUAUUAAAGUUGUGGUGAAAGAAAUUGGAUAUACGGAUGACUAAAAUGUUUUAAUCUUUAAAUUAAAAAAAUAUUUAUAUUCGGUUAUAUAUGGAUUAUAUAAUUAGAAAAUACAAUACAGUGUUAAUAAUAGGUCUGUUACACAUAUCGAAUAUUUGAUAAACAAGACAAUUUCAUAAAUAUACUCUCUUACUUUCUACAUUUGCUAUGUAUCAAAAAUAUACAUAUAUAAUUAUAAAAUUAAAUAUAUAAUACAAAAUUA